AUGGCCCGAAAUACGAGCCCACGUCAUGCCGUGAAACAACGGACCAGCCAUUCAAAUGCCCGUCGGAGCGCGGAGGACGUUUCCCAGCGGUGCGUCUCUAAAACCCAUAAAAUAAAAGACCGCCAGAUGGAUUGUUCACGCAAGACAGCAGUUCAGAUAACGGACAGCAGAAUGGAUACCGUCCUGCAUAUUCAAGGCAGCCCGGACUCGCCGCGCACGCCGUUGAUCCUCGUGCAUGCCGUGUCGGGCCUGGCACUGCCCUAUUUCGCCCUCGGCCCGCUGGGAGGACGCCCCGUCUACGGCAUUUCUGCCCCCGUCUACGAGCAUGGAUCGAAGUCUCCCAUGCCCAGCAGUCUGGCCGCGGUGGCUGCUCUCUACGUUUCUAUUGUUCGUCGCGAUAUUCAACCCAAGGGUCCUUACCUGCUCGGAGGAUGGUCAAUGGGCGGCAUGAUUGCCAUCGAGAUGGCCAGGAUCCUGUCCGCCGAAGGGGAGGCAGUAUCGCAUGUCGUGAUGAUCGACUCGUUGAAUCCAGAACUGUAUCCCCCAUUUUACGAUGCGCGCGAACAUAACCUUCUGGCUACGCUUACAUACAAUGCCAUCGCACGGCGCAUGAACGCUCCCGAAGAUCUAACUAGCGUCUCGCUGCUCGACGAAGACAUCAGUAGCAGCAGUAGCAGCAACAGCACCAGUCGAGAAAACUCCGACGGGGAAAUCGAUAGUGACGAAGAUGAGGACGAUAUCAUGGACCGGUUCUACGAGCGCUUGCGACAACACAUCCAUCAAGGACUGCGAAUGCUGGGGACGUAUCGAUCGACAGUGCCGUUGAGUCAGCGUCCAUCGUUGCCAGAGACGGACGUCACUCUAAUCAAAUGUGAAACGCUGGGGACCAUCUCCCCCUUGCUUCGUGAGAGUCGUCGAACAUUCGCGAAGAAAAUCCACCGCGACGGACGCAAUGGAUGGCCGGAAGGACGGUUCAAGAGCCUGUCGACCGUGCCGUUUCGUGCGAUGCAUGACGGCUGUUUCGAUCAGGAGUUUGCCGAUGAGCUGACGGGGAUUUUGAAACGUAUUUUAGAUCGCGUGGGAUGA